AUGAUCAGUGAAAUCGAGGCCAAACCUUUGGACCUACGGGUAAAGUGUGAACCGGACGAGACGAACUCCGAAUCGGACGAUGCUGAAGACAUCAAGCCAAUCUACAAGGGUUACAAAAAAUGCAUCAUCAAACAAUUCCGUAAUGAAAAGGACGAGAACAUCGACUUCCUGGAUCACCUCAGGAUCGCCGGCAACGGCGGUGUAGGAAACCCGGGAGCGGCAGACCAUCUGCCUCCCAGGCAACAGUUGUCGUUCGCCCUGCCGCACGGAUUCCAUCAUGCUGGCUCUCUUCCGCCCAGCCCCGCGGACUCCGGUGUGUCCGACGUGGACAGCAGCAGCAGCGGGCACACGUCCACCGACACGGAGCUCAGGGCUCGGCUCCAACCGCACCAGUAUCACCACCAAGUCUCUUCUUGCGGCCGCCGUACCAGUCCGGACCCGCCGAGCAAUGCACAAUGUCACCAGCAGCAACAACAGCAGCAGCAACAACAACAACAACAACAACAACAACAACAGCAGCAGCAGCAACAACAACAGCAACAACAGCAGCAACAGGACUUGUUCUCCAGGAUAUACGGGGUGAACGCACCGCCACCCGGAGCUUACCAUCAUCCCGGUCCCGCUCCUCCGUCGCCCAAACAUCCUCUUUUCAUGCGAAACAACCAUCCUUACGGAGGUGGCGUUGCCGGUUACCACCCGUCAGCCGUCGGCGGCUACGGCUCGGCGGUCAGUCCCACAUCGGGCGGCCACUUCGCCAUGCCACCGUGCCCACCUGUGGCCGCUCUCCCGGGCGCCGGCACCGUGGUCGGUCGCGGGUCCGUCAUCCAGGCGGCCGCGGCCAAUUGUUACCAACCCAACGGCGCCGGGGCGGCCAACCUCAACGACCUGUACUACAUGGACUUUGGCGUGCCCACCGCGGCCGCGGCCAUGUACCACCAGAAGGCGGUCGGAAACAAGAGCGGCGGCAACAAAAAGCCCAAGAAGUACGGCGCCGUCGGGCGGCCGUCUGUGGCCGGUUCCCCGGGAGCCGUCCAACAGCAGACCUGUCCGGCCACGGGACCCAAGAGGAAAAGCCGAGAAGGUUCCACGACGUACCUUUGGGAAUUUUUGUUGAAACUGUUGCAAAACUCCGACUACUGCCCGAGGUUCAUCAAAUGGUUGAACCGGGAAAAGGGCGUUUUCAAGUUGGUUGACUCCAAAGCGGUGUCCAAGCUCUGGGGAGAGCAUAAGAACAAACCAGACAUGAACUAUGAGACGAUGGGACGUGCUCUCAGGUAUUAA